UGUUAGCCAUGGUCGCUUUCAUCAGACUCUUCUGCACGCAACUCAUCUACGUCGUUUACGUGCAGUGCACAGAAAUCUUCCCCACGCCCAUCAGGUCUACGGGGCUGGCCUGGCUGAUCGUCUGCGGGCUGGCCACCAUGAUUUCCACGCCUUUCCUUCUGUACUCCGGCAUCGGGGAGGACUUCCCUUGGUGGCUGCUACUGGCGCUGAUGCUCCUGUGUGCAUUUCUGGGCACCUUCCUGCCGGAGACCAUCGGCCUGCCCUUGCCCCAGUCUUUCCAGGACGCGGAGGACCUGGGAAGCGGCCGGCCUCUUAGGGUUUGGUGA